CGGCAGGCGGUACUCGAGCUCGGAAUCUCAUCCAGUCCUCCCUCUCCUUCGCGGGGUCGGCCUCACGGCGAAGACAAAAAUCUCUCCCGCUCGGCAGUUCAGCUUCAGCCGCAGCAAGGCUCCCUCCAGUGCCAAGCUCGCCAAUGGCCGCCGGGCCGGUGGCCGCGCCCUCCUCCAUCGCGGUCCCCUCCGCGCGCCGGCACCGGGCGCUCCCGCCGGCGGCCGUCUCCGCCGCGGCCCGCGAACCGCCGCGCGCGUGGGGAGCGGCCGGCGCGAAGGAGAGGGCGCGGCGCGGGAAGGAGGCGGAGGCGGAUGACGAGGAGGCGGAGAGGCGGCGGAAGGAGGAGGUGAACCGGAAGAUCGCGUCCCGGAAGGCGCUCUCCGUCAUCCUCCGGCGCGAGGCCACCAAGGCCGUCCUCGACAAGCGCAAGCCCGGCAAGGGCACCCGCCGCCUCCUCCCCCGCACCGUCCUCGAGGCCCUCCACGACCGCGUCGCCGCCCUCCGCUGGGACUCCGCCCUCAAGGUGUUCGAGCUAAUGCGGGACCAGGUGUGGUACAGGCCGCACAUCGGCAUAUACAUCAAGCUCAUCACCAUGCUCGGCAAGUGCAAGCAGCCGGAGAAGGCGCACGAGCUGUUCCAGGCGAUGAUCGACGAGGGCUGCGCCCCAAACCUCGAGUCCUACACUGCCCUCGUGUCCUCGUACAGCAGGAGCGGUCGCUUCCGCGAGGCGUUCCAGUUGCUUGAUCGGAUGAAGGACACCCCUGGUUGCCGGCCGGAUGUGCAGACGUACUCUAUUCUCAUCAAGUCCUGCUUGCACGCCUAUGACUUUGAGAAGGUGAAGGGUUUGCUGGCGGAUAUGGCGCAUGCGGGUAUCCGCCCCAAUACAGUCACGUACAAUACAUUGAUUGAUGCUUAUGGGAAAGCAGGAAAGUUUGCUGAGAUGGAAUCAACUCUUCUGAAAAUGUUGUCACAAAAUUGCAAGCCUGAUGUAUGGACAAUGAAUUCUACUCUUAGAGCUUUUGGCAGCAGUGGUCAGAUUGAAACUAUGGAAAGCUGCUAUGAGAAGUUCCAGGCCUCCGGUAUCUCCCCAAACAUUAAGACCUACAAUAUUUUACUCGACUCAUAUGGUAAAGCUAAAAUGUAUGAGAAGAUGGGAGCUGUGAUGGAGUACAUGCAGAAGUAUUACUACUCCUGGACAAUAGUCACAUAUAACGUAGUUAUUGAUGCAUUUGGAAGGGCAGGAGACCUAGAACAGAUGGAAUAUAUAUUUAGACUAAUGAAAUCUGAGCGCAUAAAACCCAAUUGUGUUACACUCUGUUCAUUGGUUAGAGCAUAUGGAAGGGCCGAGGAAGUUAAGAAAAUAAAGACAGUAUUGAGAAUUGUCGAGAAUUCAGACAUAACAUUGGAUAUUGUGUUCUUCAACUGUUUGGUGGAUGCAUAUGGGAGGGUGGGUUGCUUGGCAGAGAUGUGGGAUGUUCUUGAUUUAAUGAAGGAGCAUCGCUGCAAACCAGACAAGGUGACUUGCACUACGAUGAUCAAAUGGUUUCUCGUCAAAGGGAUCGAUGAUCAUCGUGUUCAGUAUCUACGUGAUCUUAAAGAUGGGCGAGUUACAGAUGAUACAUAGGUGUGAACACAAAAGCUGCUCAUUGAAGUAGUGGCUUUUAUCUGCAAUUUUCAAGGAAGUGGAAUCAAUCUUACAGAGCCUUGGUUUACAUAGAUGCAUCUAUCUCACCUGCCCUCGACAUCAUGAGUUGCUGAAUGCUACUGAAUCAAACAUUCCUCUGAAUCAUGAGUUGUUGUCUUGAAUGCUACUGAAUCAAACAUCCUUAUUAUAUCCCAUGAUGGUGAUUGUUUAUGAGGAGCACAUGAAAAUUCAGUUUUGCAAUUUCAUUAGCAGAGCUAUCUGGGAACAUCUUAGCACAGCUAAGCUACUAUAUGGUACUAGGUGGGGCAUGCCAUGAAGGCAUGAAUGAAUAGUUUCUGGAGAAGAUAGAAGCAAAUUUUGGUGAUUGAAGAAGAAUGGACAUGUUUUACUCCCUAUGUUCCAAUUUGUAGGUUGUUUUGGCAAAUCUAGAUUCAUAGAUUUUGCUAUGCAUCUAGAUAUACAUUGUGUCUACAUACUUAGUAAAAUUUAUGUAUCUUGAUUUGCCAAAACGACGUACAAUUUGGAACGGAGGGAGUAGAAGCAAGGGGUACGAUGCUGGUGAAACUGGUUAGAUUCUACUAUGCUGUUGUCACUUGAUGUGUUGAUGCAACUGUACAUGACUUGUAAUGCUGACUGGUGCAAAGAUGUUUUAGUGUUUCAUCUGUCAAUUCUAGGAAAUUACAUUA